ACCGCGCGGCACGCCUAGAGAACGAGGCCGACAGAGAGUGCGGGGUGCCCGGGCUGCGCGCUUGGCGCGUGACAGCGAAACCGUUACCUGAGUGAGCCGCGCGUGCGGAGCAUCCUGAGGCCAUCCGGCUCGCGCGCGUAGGGAGAUGAACCUGGAGCGGCUGAGGAAGCGGGUCCGGCAGUACAUAGACCAGCAACAGUAUCAAAGUGCCUUGUUUUGGGCAGACAAAGUUGCUUCACUGUCUCAUGAGGAACCUCAGGACAUCUAUUGGCUGGCCCAAUGUCUCUACCUGACGGCUCAGUAUCAUAGGGCAGCACACGCCCUUCGAUCACGCAAGCUAGAUAAGUUAUAUGAAGCGUGUCGAUACCUUGCUGCUAGAUGUCAUUAUGCUGCAAAAGAGCAUCAACAGGCUCUUGAUAUUCUUGACAUGGAAGAGCCAAUCAACAAAAGACUAUUUGAAAAAUACUUGAAGGAUGAAAGUGGGUUGAAAGACUCUACCAGUGACUGGGAGAUGUCACAAUCCUCUAUCAAGAGUUCUAUUUGCCUUUUGCGAGGAAAGAUCUAUGAUGCUCUGGAUAAUAGAACCCUGGCAACGUACAGCUACAAAGAAGCCUUGAAGCUUGAUGUUUACUGCUUUGAAGCAUUUGACCUUUUAACAUCACACCAUAUGCUAACGGCACAAGAAGAAAAAGAGCUUCUUGAAUCUCUACCUCUUGGUAAACAGUGUACAGAAGAAGAACAAGAAUUGCUUCAUUUUCUGUUUGAGAACAAACUGAAAAAGUAUAAUAAGCCAAGUGAAACAAUAAUUCCUGAAUCUGUAGAUGGUCUUCAGGACAAUCUGGAUGUAGUAGUGUCCUUAGCUGAAAGGCAUUAUUAUAACUGUGACUUCAAAAUGUGCUACAAGCUUACUUCUGUAGUAAUGGAAAAAGAUCCUUUCCAUGCCAAUUGUUUACCUGUGCACAUAGGGACACUCGUGGAGCUGAAUAAAGCAAAUGAGCUAUUCUAUCUUUCUCAUAAAUUGGUGGAUUUGUACCCAAAUAAUCCUGUCUCAUGGUUUGCGGUAGGAUGUUAUUAUCUCAUGGUCGGUCACAAAAAUGAACAUGCCAGAAGAUAUCUCAGCAAAGCCACUACACUUGAGAGAACCUAUGGACCAGCUUGGAUAGCAUAUGGACAUUCAUUUGCAGUUGAGAGUGAGCAUGACCAAGCAAUGGCUGCUUACUUCACAGCAGCACAGCUGAUGAAAGGCUGUCAUUUGCCGAUGCUCUAUAUUGGACUAGAAUAUGGUUUGACCAACAAUUCAAAAUUAGCUGAAAGAUUUUUCAGCCAAGCUCUAAGCAUUGCACCUGAGGAUCCUUUUGUUAUGCAUGAAGUUGGAGUGGUUGCAUUUCAAAAUGGAGACUGGAAAACUGCAGAAAAGUGGUUCCUUGAUGCUUUAGAGAAAAUUAAAGCUAUUGGGAAUGAGGUAACAGUUGAUAAAUGGGAGCCUUUAUUGAACAACUUAGGACAUGUGUGCAGAAAGCUCAAGAAAUAUGAAGAAGCAUUAGAAUACCAUCGUCAGGCCCUAGUAUUGAUUCCUCAGAAUGCUUCCACAUACUCUGCCAUUGGAUACAUACACAGUCUAAUGGGCAAUUUUGAAAGUGCAAUUGACUAUUUUCAUACGGCCCUUGGUCUUAGGAGGGAUGACACAUUUUCAGUCACCAUGCUUGGACAUUGCAUAGAAAUGUAUAUUGGUGAUUCUGAAGCUUACAUUGGAACAGAAAUUAAGGACAAAUUAAGAUGUUAUGACUUUGAUGUACACACUAUGAAGACAUUAAAGAACAUUAUUUCACCUCCCUGGGAUUUCAGGGAAUUUGAUAUAGAAAGACAAACGCUGGAUGAAAGUGGUAUUGUGACACUGGAAACAUCAAAUCAAAGGAAAACUACAGAUACUACUCGUCCAUUAGAAGAAACUUUUGAGAUUGAAAUGAAUGAAAGUGAUAUGAUGUUAGAAACAUCAAUGUCAGACCAUAGUUCAUGACUAACACUGGUACAGAUCUCAUUUUGUAAAAGUGUAAAACAUUUUGAUUUAGCUUUUUUGUUGCUGUGUCAUGCAUUCAGGAAUUUGCUAUUUUUAUACAAAUCCCAACUACUUCUUUACGCUUAACACCGGAGAAGUAAUGUCUGCCUUAAGAAUGUUAAAAAAUAUUCAUUACCAACAGACUAUUUCCAAUUUUAUUGUUUCUACAAAAUAAUCUUACAUAAUGGAAUAAAAGGUGAAAUUCAUAUAUUAUGUU